CUGUGUGCUCGUUAGUAGUUGAUGUUACCCAUGGCUCUCUGUUGAUGUGGUUGCUCAGACAUUAAGGUCUGAUUCUUUUGCAGGAACACUGCAACACUGCUUUGGAUGGAGAACCUAACGAUGGGCGCUCCCCUCAAACAGCCGAUUGUGUUUGAACUAGUGGGUUUUGAUGUUCCACCAGGACAAGGUCCAUUCUUGUUCUUCUUGGCCCUGUGUGCCUACAUGGUGGUGCUACUGGGGAACGGUGUGGUGAUCUGUGUUAUUGUGAUGGACAGGAACCUGCACAGACCCAUGUUUGUAAUGAUCUGUCACCUGGUGGUCUGUGACCUGCUGGGGGCCACAGCGGUGCUUCCUCACCUCAUGAUGCACUUCUUAACGGGGCAGAAGAACAUCUCCUACCUCCCAGCUAUUGCUCAGGGCUUCUGUGUGCACACAUAUGGUGUUGCAAUGCAGACUAUUCUGGGAGUGAUGGCCUAUGACAGGUACAUCGCGGUGUGUGAACCUCUCAGGUAUCACUCCAUCAUGACUUCAGCCCGGCUGCACAGCUGCUGCGCUCUGGCCUGGAUGGUGGCCCUGCUGCUCAUCGCUGUGCUCUUCUCCUUCCACAUGAACGUCCCGCUGUGUGGCCGAAUCCUCCAACACGUCUACUGCAGCAACCGGAUCAUCAUGAACCUGGCCUGCACACCGACCCCCAUAAGCAACAUCUAUGGUUUAUCCAUGACCUGGACCGUGAGCACGGGCAUGUUCAUCAUCAUCGCGUUUUCCUAUUUCAGAAUACUCAGUGCUUGUCUUAAACAAGGCCAAUCCGACAGCAGCAUCCGUUCAAAGGCCUUCCAGACAUGCACAUCCCACCUUGUUGUUUAUGUGUUUUAUCAAAUAGCUUCAUUAGUCAUAAUUGUUAGUUACCGAUUUCCUUCUGCCUCCCAAAACAUGAAGAAGUUCCUCAGCAUCCUGUUCAUCAUCAUCCCCCCAGCUAUCAACCCUAUCAUCUAUGGGCUGGUCAGUAGGGACUUACGGACCAGCAUCUUUCAGCAGUUUUCUACCAGAACCUGCCGCAAGAACUGACUCUCUCUGCCAGAGUAAAUCUGUUUAUUAAAAUCACUUUAUUUGUGAAAAAUGGUGACGAGGUAGCUCAUGAUAAGACAAUAUUGUAAUUGUUUUUAUUCACAAUCAAUAAAAACAGAUAAAUCUUCAAGAUGCCAUAUUUAAAAUUGUUAUGGGCUUCUUGAUAAACAGUCAAAAUAUUUAAGAGAACAUAUAAUAUCUCACUGGGAGCAUAAUUGUAGGACUUUCCCUUUCUCAGCUUAUUGUUUGUUAAACUUUUAUAUUUAAAGUUUAUAUUAUUUUCUCUUCCUACCUUUAAAAAGAGGUUUCAGUGCCUGUAGCUGAUAUUGUGGAACCUUUCAUUAACAGUAAUGACGUUAAUUAACAGCUUUAUUUAACUGCAUUGCUCUUCCUUCCAUAUUGUCAGUUCUCUGUUCUAAAUGUUGAUUAUAGAGUUUAGAAGAAGAACCAAUAAUCUUUAUUGUCAUUACAAUUUACCCUAAUAAGCCUUACAUCUGUAUGUACAACACAAAGCAUAUGAUCCACUGAGAGGUGAAGGCCAACACUCGUAUCUUCAUAACACUUCUUGUGAAAGAAGUCUGUGUUGAUGGUGUUGAAAGCUGCACUUAAGGAUCCUGGAGAACAUUGAUAGAUGGUUGAGAUGUUUCAGGAUGAAGUUUAGUUCCAGGGUGACUAGAUCAUCCGCUGACCUGUUCGCCCUUUAAGUAAUCUGCUGGGAGUCAAGCAGGUGGACUGUGAUCUCCUUCAGAUGCUUCAAAAUAAGUUCCUCGAAGGAUUUCAUGACAGCAGACAUCAGGGCGAGAGACCUGUGGUCAUUUAAUCCUGUAGUUGUGCAUUUCUUAGGAGCUGGGAUGAUGGUGGAGUGUUCGAGGCAGGAGGGAGCCUCACACCACUCCAGGGACCUGUUGAAGAUCUGCUAUCUCUGAUAUGUACAGAAUAGUGACAUCAAUGGAAAUAAUAUUUCCUCCUCCAUUAUGUUAAGGGAAAAAAAUUUCAGCUCUUAGUUAAAGAAGGGAAAUUAGGGAAUUUCACUCACCCACCACUUUAUUAAUUGUUGCAUGAAUGGGGCAGAAAAACAGAGUGUCUAAAGCUCCCAGAGUCUAUUCUGAGUCUGUGUCUGCUCUGGGGGACAAUGCAGCUGUUUUACAGUGGGUUGAGACAACCAAAGCUCACCUUUAACGGCAUAUACAAAUACUUUUGUGUUCUAAAUCUUUUGCCCAGUUAUCAUGCUCAUAUGGAUCAAUCCCACUGAUCCGAGAAAUGUUUUCUAGAUAACAAACGUUCAGAAACGCGUCUAGCUUUUCUCAGUACAGUCCAUCGCUUAGCUCUAUAAUACGGUCUAACACUUUGCGUCUCUAUCUCUCACAGCACAGAGUCCGAAUCAGCAAUGUAAACAAAAGUUGUUGCCCCAGAAAAUGGUGACCGUAUCCCAUGAUGCAUUGUAAAAUCACAUGGCCUUUCGAGCCCCACAGCAGACACAAGGAAGCAUUUUAAGCUCUCCCUGGAUAACAGAGGUCCUCGCACACCCUUUAAGGCUCACCCUGACAACUCUCCAGAGGAAGCUCAUUUCAGCCGCUUGUAUCCGGGAUCUCAUUCCUUUGGUCCUGAUCCAGACCUCAUGACUAUAAGUAAGGGGCCAGACUGUAGACGGGGUGGUAAAUGGAGAGUUUUUCUUUUUGGCUCAGCUCUUACUUUACCACAACAGGCCAGAGCAGCAACAGCAUCACAGCAGAUGAAGCCCUCGUUCCAUCCUACCAUCACUCGUGAACAAUAACCAAGUACAGUAGUAGAUUAAAAUUUUCAAUCACAACCCUUUGCAUUACUGCCUCCAUCUGUCCAUUUGGUUAUAGUCUGCUCAUAUGUGUUUUCUAUACUGCAGAUAGUUUGAUUUUAACACUGCAUUAUUGUGCUGAUGUAUUAUUGUCUAAGUAAGCGCUGUAAAACCCAAAG